AUUAUGGUACGAAGGAGGAAGGGCCGCGACGGAGCAUCAGCUGACGGUCCAUGGAGUAAACGGAAGCGGCAGGCAUCGCGUCUGCAAGUCGGGCUGGCAGUGUAAACAAAGCCAUCUGUGUACUUAAUCUCCGUUUUUAUCUGGCCGAAGGGUCGCGUUUUAAGCGUCCAGAUGUGGAUAACCCCGGAAGAAGUGCUGCUUGCUAACGCUCUUUGGGUGAGCGAAAGGGCGAACCCCUUCUUCAUUCUGCAGCGCAGAAAGGGACACGGCAAAGGAGGGGGAAUCACUGGUUUGCUCGUGGGUACUCUGGAUGUGGUGCUGGACUCUAGUGCCCGUGUAGCUCCUUACCGCAUCCUCCAUCAGACCGGUGACUCCCAGAUCUACUGGAACAUUGCUUGUGGGUCCUCACGGAAAGAGAUCACAGUGCACUGGGAAUGGCUGGAGGCCAACCUGCUUCAAACACUCUCUAUCUUUGACAAUGAGGAGGACAUCACCACCUUUGUCAAAGGAAAGAUCCAGGGCAUCAUCGCUGAGGAGAACAAGAGCAAGCAAACCACAGAGGAUGAGGACCCGGGGAAAUUCCGGGAGGCCGAGCAGAAAAUGCGGAAGCUAUUCAGAAUGCCAGAUGAGGAAAAGCUGGUGAAUUAUUACUCCUGCAGCUAUUGGAAGGGACGAGUCCCUCGACAGGGUUGGGUCUACCUGAGCGUUAAUCACCUCUGCUUCUACUCCUUUUUACUGGGCAAGGAAGUGACUUUGGUGGUGCAGUGGACAGACGUGACACAGCUGGAGAAGAAUGCCACACUGCUAUUUCCAGAGAGCAUCCGGGUCAGCACUCGUGACACAGAGCACUACUUCUCCAUGUUCCUUAACAUCAAUGACACGUUCAAGCUCAUGGAACAGCUGGCCAACAUCGCGAUGAGGCAGUUGCUGGACAACGAAGGCUUUGCUGCAGACCUAUCUCUACCCAAGCCCUGCAAGAACUUGAAGAAUGUUUCUGCCCUCAAAAGAGAUCUUGAUGCACGAGCAAAGAACGAGCGCUAUCGUGCCCAGUUCCGCCUGACAGCUGAUGAGCGGCUGGACGGACACACGGAUUGCACGCUCUGGACACCAUUCACUAAGAUGCAUGUGAUCGGCCAAAUGUUUGUUUCCAACAAUUACAUCUGCUUCGCGAGUCGCGAAGAGGACCUCUGUCAGCUGAUCAUCCCCCUGAGAGAAGUCUCCAUUGUGGAAAAGGCCGACAGCUCCAGUGUCCUGCCCAGCCCGCUGUCCAUCAGCACUAAGAACAAGAUGACCUUCCUGUUUGCCAACCUUAGGGACCGUGACUUUCUGGUUCAGAGGAUCUCUGACUUCCUGCAGCGAACCCCUGACAGAGUGCGGAGUAACAGCAAAGAUCUACCUGAAUCCCCCAGCUCCACAGCUCCCUUUCUCACCCCACCCUCCCCAGGUGAAUUCAUACCUGGCCGGUACUAUAGCCCCAACCUUCCCACUGCUACUCAGAGCCUCAUUAGCAUAUUCCAGAAGAAUGCCUCUGAGGACCUGGGGCCCAAAGCUACCAAGGAGAAGAUGAAGGAAGAGUCUUGGAACAUCCACUUCUUUGAGUUUGGGAGAGGUGUGUGCAUGUACCGUACCUCCAAGACCCGGGAGCUGGUUCUACUGGGCAUUCCCGAGAGCCUCCGUGGGGAGUUGUGGCUGCUAUUCUCAGGUGCACAGAACGAGAUGGCUUCCCACCCAGGGUAUUAUGCCGAGCUGGUGGAGCAGGCCAUGGGUCGAUGUACGUUGGCCACAGAGGAGAUUGAGCGUGACCUUCAUCGUUCCAUGCCUGAGCACCGGGCUUUCCAGAAUGAGAUAGGCAUUGCAGCACUACGCCGUGUGCUCACUGCAUAUGCAUAUCGGAACCCCAACAUCGGAUAUUGCCAGGCUAUGAACAUAGUGACCUCUGUUCUGCUGCUGUACUGCACGGAGGAACAGGCCUUCUGGCUUUUGGUGGCUCUUUGUGAGAGGAUGCUACCAGACUACUACAACACACGUGUGGUUGGUGCACUUGUGGAUCAGGGUGUGUUUGAGGAGCUCACCCGUGACUGUCUCCCGCUGCUGUAUGAGCGCAUGCAGGAGUUGGGGGUCAUCUCCACCAUCUCGCUCUCCUGGUUCCUCACCCUCUUUCUUAGCGUCAUGCCCUUCGACAGUGCUGUCCUAAUGGUGGACUGCUUCUUCUACGAGGGCAUCAAGGCCAUCUUCCAGGUCUCCCUGGCCGUGUUGCACGCCAACAUGGAGCAACUUCUGGCCUGCAAUGACGAGGGGGAGGCCAUGACUAUCUUGGGAAGGUACUUGGACAAUGUUGUAAACAAGCAGACUGUCUCGGCUCCCAUUCCCCAUCUCCACGCCCUUCUGACCAGUGGUGAUGAACCACCACCUGAGAUCGAUGUAUUUGAGCUCAUGAAGACCUCCUAUGAAAAGUUCGGCAGUCUGCGCGCGGACGCCAUAGAACAGAUGAGGUUCAGACACAGGUUGAAGGUUAUCCAGUCUUUGGAGGACACUGCAAAGAGGAGUGUGGUUAGAUCCAUCAUGACGGAUUCCGCUUUUAGCCUUGAUGAACUGGAGGAGUUGUAUGUCCUCUUCAAGACAAAGCACAUCCUCAGCUGUUACUGGGGGGCGAGCUCCACGGCGGCGGAGCGCCACGACCCCAGCCUGGCCUACCUGGAGCAGUACCGCAUCGACCGUGGUCAGUUCAGCCAGCUGUUCGCCACCCUGGGACCCUGGGCCUGUGGCACUCACACAUCCAUGCUGGCCGCUCGCCUCUUCCGACUCCUUGACCAAAACAAAGACGGCCUCAUCAACUUCAAAGAGUUUAUUACCGGCUUGAGUGGGAUGUACCAUGGAGACAUGACAGAGAAGCUGAAGCUGCUCUACAAAAUGCACCUUCCUCCUGCACUCUGCCCAGAAGAGGCUGAGUCUGCCCUGGAGGCCACACAGUUCUUCACUGAUGACGUCACUCCACAAGAUUCUCCUUACCUGUCAGAUCUGGACUUUCUGCUGCAGGAGGUGAAAUCAGGAGAAGUGGUGAAAUCUGCAGAGACUGGCGAGAUUGCCGUGAGCCCGGAGGAUAAGAAAGAGGAGAAGGUGAAGGAUUAUAAAUAUUACCUGAGGAUGUGGGCCAGAGAGAAGGAAACCAAAAAGGACUCCAUCAAAGACCUGCCCAGGAUGAACCAGGAGCAGUUUAUUGAGCUGUGUAAAACCCUCUACAAUAUGUUUAGUGAAGACCCACUGGAGCAGGAGUUGUAUCAUGCAAUUGCCACAGUAGCCAGCCUGCUAUUACGCAUCGGUGAGGUUGGGAAAAAGUUCACAAACAACGGUGCCAAAAGGUCCGAAGGCCAGUGCACCACCAGCCCCGUUUCCAACGUGCCUCAGCCAGGAAAGGAGGAGCUUGCUGGGGAGAGCAGCUCAAGAGAGGCCCAGGUCACAAAGGCCUUAGCUGAGGCCCAGCUGGAUGUCACUCUCCUCCCCAGCUCCGAGGAGGAGGUAAAAGAUGACACCUCCGUGUCGUCGUACUCCUUGGUGAGUGCAGGCUCGCUGCAGUGUGAGGACAUCGCCGAUGACACCGUGCUGAUCGGCUGUGGGGACCAGUACCGGGGCAGCUGCCCAGAUGGAGACUGGUCCAUUACGUUUGAGCAGGUGCUGGCCUCUCUGCUCACGGAGCCUGCUUUAGUGGACUACUUUGAGAAGAAGUAUGACCUGCGGGCCAGAGUGGCAGCGUGCCGGGCCCAGAGGGCUGUGGAGAGGCAGGUCAGCUCAUCUAGUGAGCACGAUUUUUCACUGCCAUUAAGCUGAGUCACAUCCUACUCCACACCUUUCUGCACCUCGCUCGUUUUCUUAUCCGCUCGGCCUUCGCACCUGCUCACCUCCCUAGCGCUGCUUCUCAACUUCUUAGACACUUUCGACUUUCGCGUGUCUUGGCUUAUUAUACACAUCUGCCAAAGUAUAAAUACAUUACAGGCCAGAAAAAACAUGUGAAAACAGCUCCCAAUAUAAUUUACAUCAGAUUUCAUUAGGGGUCAAUUUAAUUCUAAAAAGAAGGUAGCUUUUUUCUAAUUUCUUGCUUCUUACCAAUCAAAUACAAUUCUAAAUCAAUUUCAUUGACCCUAAAAGUUUUAGGAGGGAUGCAUCCAGUAAAAUCUAUCUGCGAACAUGGUAUUAACACAAUGCAAGAAAUGCAUGUCCGAAAGAAAACAUCAAGUACCCUGAAGAGCUUUUAUGAUUUUGUCAGUUAAUUACCUAAAAUAGAAUAAGGCAGGAAGAACGUGCUGGAAAGUUGCAUUUACCAAGUAAGUUUAAACAUUUACUGAAACAAUCUGCAGCUCCUAACUACUUCCUGAUGUAAAUGAACACAGCAGGCACCGUGUUCACCCAUAGCACCAGGUUACUCUACAGACUUUGCCGUUUUCCUCGUUGGGCUAUAAUUGGUGCCCCUCUAAGUUUUGUUUCAGUCCCAAUCCCAGUGUUACAUUUCUUGAGCCUGAUCUUUAUUCCCUGUAGUGUUAAAUUCGAGGUAACAAUACUUUAUUUACUUGUCUCCCAUUCAGUGUUAAAUCCAGUAUAACUGUAGUGAAUUUUUAACCAUAAAACCACGAGACAUCUGCUUCCCAUGAGAACCCAGACAGACAAAUUACUAUGAAAUGUUUGCUUUAACUACUCAGACUACAGUUUACCUUAUUAUUUUUUACAGUAAUUUGUUGCCUGUGGAUUUGUUUGAAUUUUCAGCCAAAUCAGAUUGGUUUAUAAUAAAUAUGUUCUAGCUGUUUGCUGCAUAUCUUAAUCUAAUAUGGUUAACUGUCAUCUGUAUUACUGCAAUGCCAUUAUGUCUAGAAAAUAUGUAGUGAUUGCCUCUUACCUUUGAGUAUUGUGUUAUCAGUUUGCUUCAGGAAUCGGAUGUGUUUAAAAGGAUGUGUAUAGAUGUGACAGUUCGGGUUAACAGGAAGGGUCAGACAGGUGUGGGUGGAAUUAGCCUUCUUAUUUUCAAGGUCAUUGAAAAUUUUGUGGUUCCCCAAGCCUGCCUCGUUUCAGGAAAGGUUGCAUGUAUGACAUGUAAAACAUGUAUGAAAAGGGAUGUGGAUGCGGGAGACACUAUAACCUCACCAGAUCCAAUCCUCCUCUGCCCGCAUGCAUCUCCACAUCAGAUUCUGCGUCCAGUUUUUCUCAGAUAUAUACAAUUGGAGUUAUCUGUUAAUCCAGUGUUUCUCUCCCGCAAGUUGUGAGUGGUCUCUAGUUGGCCAACAAUAGACUUCAUAGACUUCCCUCGUUCUAGGGAUUCUCACAAUGUGAAGGACUCGAGUAGGAGAAGCCCAAGGGAAGAUGUUUCCCCUGCAAACCGUUCAUUCAGGACAUUAGCAGUAUUGUGAUGCCUGCCAACGGAGUUGUUUGUUGUUUUUUUUUCCUUGAUGUGUAGGGCAUUCGGUACUGUGCUACUGGCUAAUGUUGACUGGCAUCCUUUGUAAACUGCCUUAUUGUACAGCUUAUUGUCUGCUACACAAAAGUAGAUGUCUUUGUAAGGAUUGAUUAGUUAUUAUACUGAUAUUCAAUAUUUAUUUGCUACAGGCUUGUUGCUGUAAUGUAAAAGACACUAAUAGGGAAAAAAAUAUUCUAUUAUAAUACCUUUCAGCCAAAGCUCUCUGUCGUCAGUGAAAGCUUCUUUCAUUGUUGAAUUAAUCUUGGUUCUGUGCCCUCUUAUCACACGGCACAUUCUUCACCUUUGUCCAUUACUGAGUCACUAUUUAUUUACCAUUUCUUACUUUAUGCUAAUUUUGAGUUUUUUUAAAUGUUGUUGAUCAAUAUGUACUGUACAUCUUUGAUACAUAAUAAAUAUAAAUACUAAAUAA